AAGGAUGGCGAAUAUAUACACAAAUAGUUGCCAUACCGAAUGACCGCCUGCGGUCGUCAGAGACGCAUGAUGGGAAGUGUAGUCAAAUCAAAAGAAAACAGUGUUACGAAAGCUGCCGCGCGCCGACGUGCUCAUGUAAGCGGUUGUGUAAAGAGGAGGUAGUGUGUUUCUUCCCUACAUUACAUGACGGACUGCAGCCAGAGCCGGCCACCCUGAACGCCUCCGCCGUGCAUGCUGCUCGCUGCGUGGAGAAGGCCGUCUUCUAUUUCCAGGUUCACUGCUGCCUUUACCGGCGGGUGCCCAAAGUUUCCUCCGCGCCCUCCCUGCGGCUCAUCUCCCUCCGCUGCACGGAGCCCACUGCCGAGGCUCGCCCAACUCCACGGUCGGGCUCCCGGAUCGAGCCUCUUCUUCUUCUUCUUCUUCUUCUUCUCCCUCCCUUCCACCAGCUCGUUCUCCGGCUCCGGCUCAGCCACCAUGGCGGAGAAAAAACGCAAAGCGUCGUCCACCGCAGGCGGCAAGGAGCCCGGCACCAAGCGGCCAAAGCUGGAGAAGGAGAAGGAGAAGGAGGAGAAGGCUGCGGGCUGGCUGCAGAGCCUGGUGAAGCAGCAGAGGGAGGACAAGAAGGACAUGAAGUUCAACAAGAAGCGCCAGCGGGUUCUCAGCGACGCCGCCAAGAUCAAGCAGGGCUCGGAGGGGGUGCUGUACUGGAUGCUGAGAGACCAGAGGGUGCAAGACAACUGGGCCCUGAUCCGUGCCCAGCAGCUGGCUGCAAAGGAGGAGCUCCCCCUGCACGUCUGUUUCUGCCUGCUGGUGCCUAAAUCCCCGCUGUCCACGCUGAGACAUUAUGCCUUCCUGCUCAAGGGACUGCAAGAAGUCGCAAAGGAGUGCAAACGGCUGAACGUCCAGUUCCACCUGCUGCACGGGGCUCCAGGAGAAGUGCUGCCUGGCUUCGUGUCUGAUCAGGGUUUCGGGGCCGUGGUGACUGACUUCUCUCCCCUCAGAGAGCCCCAGCAGUGGCUGAAGGAUGUCAAAAAGAAGCUUUCAAAGGACACCCCCCUCAUCCAGGUUGAUGCCCAUAAUAUUGUUCCCUGCUGGGUAGCUUCACCCAAGCUGGAGUACUCUGCCAGAACCAUCAGAGGAAAAAUAACCAACCUCCUGCCUGAGUUCCUCACGGAUUUUCCCGUUAUAGAGCCACACCCUCACACCGCUACGAGAACCGCCAAACCUGUGGACUGGGAGAAAACGCUGGCUUCCCUGGAUGUGGACAGAACAGUAGGAGAACCGCAGUGGGCCAAGCCAGGCUCCGACGCAGGGAUGGCCAUGUUGGAGUCCUUCAUUGAUGUCCGCCUGAAGCUGUUCGCCACCCAGCGCAACGACCCCAACAUGGCCGCCCUCAGCCAGCUCUCCCCCUGGAUCCGCUUCGGCCAGCUUUCAGCCCAGCGUGUGGCGCUGCAGGUCCGGCGCUGCGGGAAAAACGCCAGCGAGUCCGUGGCCCCCUUCAUCGAGGAGCUGGUGGUGCGCAGGGAGCUGACCGACAACUUCUGCUUCUACAACGAGAAGUACGACAAAGUGGAAGGGGCUUAUGAGUGGGCUCAGAAGACCCUGAGAGAUCACGCCAAAGACAAGAGGGAGUACCUUUACACACGGGAGCAGCUGGAGAAAGCACAAACGCACGACAAGCUGUGGAACGGAGCUCAGUACCAGAUGGUAACAGAGGGAAAGAUGCAUGGCUUCUUGAGGAUGUACUGGGCCAAGAAAAUCCUGGAGUGGACUCGGUCACCAGAGGAGGCGCUCUCCAUCGCCCUGUACCUGAACGACCGCUACGAGCUGGAUGGUCAGGACCCUAACGGCUUUGUCGGUUGCAUGUGGUCCAUCUGCGGCAUCCACGACCAGGGCUGGGCUGAGAGACCCGUCUUCGGAAAGAUCCGCUACAUGAACUACAAAGGCUGCCUUCGGAAGUUCAACGUAGCUCAGUUUGAGAAAAAGUACUGUCCCAAGAAGCCCUGAAGCAUGCUGUGCUGGAAAUGGAUAUAGAGAAAAUUGAUGAGCUCCAUCUUCUAUAUUUUGCCUCAGGGAGCAUUGUUUUAUGUCUUUUUUUAGUAGUGGAUGUUUAUUCUUGUAUUUGUCUCUGAAGAUAUUCAGUAUAUUAUGUUGGGCCUUUUUAUUUUCUAUUUAACUGCACUUAUCAAAACUGUAAACUGUUGUGCAGUAUCUUCUUUUUUUUCUAUACAUAUUAAUUUUAGGUGUUCCAGAAAUGUGUUUCUACAAGGUUUUGAUGCUGCCUUUGGAUUCACUGUUACAACAAUCCUGUUGCUCUUUUUAAGCUGUAUUUUCAGGCGUGUAAGAUUCUGUUUUUUUUAUAAAUGGAUUAACUCCAGACAGA